CAACGAUCGCCUGCUCGCUCGUUCAUACGUAUGAACAGCUCUCGAUAAACGACUGAGCACGUGACCGUAAACAUUUUUUUUCUUCGAUUGUUGUACAGGUUAUGUUUAUUUAUUUUUUUUUUUGUUAAAUGACAAGACUGUGUGUAUCUUUGGGGUACGAUAAUAUAGGGAAAUUGUGAUUUAGUGUGUCUCUUUCGGAGCUGAGAAGCUUGUGAUGUUGUUGGAGGAAACCAAAAACAAAAUGACAGGAUGAAACAUUGGGUACGGACGACGGGGAUGCCACUGGCCACUGUGUCCAACUACUCAACGCCCGAGGACUCAUCUUUCAAGUGUCGCCGUUGUUGUAGCUGGACGUGAUGGGACUUCUCACCCAUGACUUUACCGUGGGACUCUCAUCAGAGCUCCUGCCACCGCCAUCACUUCCUUCUUUUUUUUUCACCGACCUUUCCUUCCAUUCUCGCACCCUACCUGUUUUCCUGUGUUCGUUAAAAAUGUUGACGAAGAGAAGCAUAACAAUGACGACGACGACGACGACGUGCUCUAAACUCCGAGUGGAACAAUACCGGUGAACGCGGUGUCCCCGAGAAAAUCACCCUCGAAGAUAAAAUUUGGUACUCAUCUUGAACGGUAUGUGCUGCUCGGGCGAUGGAUCCGGCGGCAGCCGCUCGGCACGGUGCGCCCUGCUCUGCGGCCUUGCUGCUCUGGCUGCCAUCGGGGUCACGAUAUUCAGCACCGCCUGGAUACAGACCGAGGAGAGGAUAACCUCCCUGCCACGCAAUGUAAGCAGCCUGGUCAGCAUCAAAUUCAAAAUUGGAUUCUGGCACGCCUGCUCGAGCAUCAACAAGCCUGUUGCCCUUCAGUACAGAAUCGAUGUACCAACUGGUUGUAUCAAGAUUCCGUACAAAAAUUUUAACGAUAUCAACGAAACAGAUCUGGGAUUUAAGCACAAAAGUUUGGACUUUGCACCACUUGUUAUUAUGCAAAUGAGAGUAUCAAUGGUCUACCAAGUGAUAGCUGGUUUUCUAGUCUUCGUCGGGGUAGUGACAUCCAUAUGCGGCUCGUGUUGCAAGGAAAUCUUAAGGAUGCUUAUCUCCUGCGCUUGUUUUCUUCUUGGCGGUUUGUCUUUGGCCUUUGGGCUGAUAACCUUAGUCUCGGAUAUGUCUGAGAUUCUAUGGUUGACACCAGUCUACGUCUUCACGUCUGGAAACUCAACUUUACCUCAAUACCAAUACGGCUGGUGUCUUCAGCUGUCAGCAUUGGCGUUCAUACUGGCAAAGCUCGCAGCUAUACUGACCGUAUCUGGCUACAUGGCACGGUUUCCCACUGUAGAAGACAUGGUCAGAGAUAUGGUACCUGGAGCUGAGAGAAAGUUGCGGGAGCAGUUGGGUCUUAGUUCAGAGUAUUUAGUUAGGUCCCACCAAAAAUCACCAGGUCCAACUCCUUGCACGGGUGUCAAUCAACCCACUAAAGGUUCAGGCCCACCAAGACUGGCUGAGGAAGGUACAUCGUUACUCUGUAAAUCGGCACCGGACAUCUGUGCUUCAAAUCCCCAGUCAGCCAUUAGCUACGUGGACAAGGCUGACUUAUCACACAUGCUUCCUGCCUACCCCGAGACCAAGGUAAUAGAGCCUCGGUUUGCAGCUCCAGGCUUUCCUGAAAAGACUGACCAGAACGUCGUGGAUUCUCGACUUAGCGGCUUCGUCGAUAAGGAAGGUCUCAUCAUGGACUCUCGUAUGCUUUCUGAAUCUCGACAGAACGUUAUUGCCUUUGCUGAGGGUAAAGAGCACCCCAAUUGCCAGGAACCACCCGCGCGUUUCAGUGACUUUCCUCCACCCCCGGAACCACAGCAGCAACUGGUACAGCCAUCUCCAUCGGUACAGCAGCAACCCCCAUUAGCAUUUGCUGAUAAGGAACCACCCGAUUUUACCGGCAACGAGCAACAGUCAAUUGUCGAUUCGUUACUCGACGCACCCUACGGCUACGACACGCGUUACAACAGCUUAGCCGGCCAAACGGUACCCAUCACCCUUAAACACCACCACCAGCAGCAGCUGCCCUCUAACUCUACGGUGGCUGCGAUGCAAUCAAAUCAGUACCAUUACCAGAACUUUGGCACCAUACACUCGGGGAUGCUGCGCGUCGCGGAGCCUGGAACCAGCUCUACUAGCUCCAACUGCUCGAGUCAGCGUAGCAUGACCCUACAGAACCCCAAGCGUAAGGCGACAGCCAAUGCACAGAUAGCACAGAACACCUUUAGCACGCUAGAAUGUGAGCGACGCAGAAGAGGAGGUGGAGGAGGUGUGGGUGGGAACGCGGCUGCGGCUAUGCAAGUCCCAGGAAAGGCUAAUUUUUGCGCGGGGAGUGCGGUAUGACCGCCGGCUCAGUCUCCUACGCCGAGGUAACUCCGGAAUGAGGAGACCU